AUGGCAACUGCCGAGGGUAAUAAGACUGCGACGGCGGCGCCGGCAUCAGCCGAGGGGACCAAGGUUGCAGAGGAAGUCGUGAAGAUGGACCUGUUCGAAGAUGACGACGAGUUCGAAGAGUUCGAGAUCGACGAAGGUAUGUCGACAUCAAACAAAUUAAACUCGAUCGCGUGUUGGUGAAGGGGCGUUGUGAUGGUCCCGGGGUUGUGUGUUCCAAGGAUCAGAGAGGAAUGUCUGCUGUUUGGUUGACUGCAUUCAGGGAACUGAUUUGGUGUUUUCACGCUGUUAAAGAUUUUUAAUGCGUUUUAUCGAUAGGUUAUGAUUUCUUCCGCGCUGUGGCAGAUUUAUGGUUAGAUGUGGUUACUGGUCUAGUUGGUGGUCAUCCCGUAUCCGAUUAUUGUAUGUAUUCACGUUGAGUGCAUGUGGUUCUGCAACAGUUCAUUUCAUACCGAAGAACAUUGAAUUUUGUACAGUCAGUCAGACACGAUGAGCAAAUAGAAGGGUUCAAGAGGUUGAUAAUUAGUGAUAAGUAGAGUAAUGCAAGCAACGGAGCUAUUGUAGGACUAGUACAGCAUGGAGUUCUGGAAUUAGAGCUUUUCUUUACGCUUAAAAAAUAAAAAAAAAUGAAGGAUCUUCCAAAAUAGCUGUCGAGAUCGUAGGCAGCCCGCCCUUAUGCCCUUGUGCUCAGCUUCGCCCCAGAAGUGGAAACUUACAGGAGGGUCAGUAUGUUAAGAAAAUUCUCCCUUGUAACAUGAGUGGUAUCUUCCCAGAUAGAUUGUGAUUCUAAAUUCCCACGUCUGUUUGAUUCCUUCGAUCUUCCCAAUUAUUUGAUAUUAUAAGGUUCAAAGAUCAUUUUUGUUCUCAUUGCUCUGCAUUGCCUUGAAAAUAGCCGACAAUCAAUGGGGGUCCUUUUGCGCUUAUUUUUCCUUCCUGUCAAAAUUAUCAUCAGGGACUUGCGAAACUUUCUCGUCAUAUCCAAAUCUAUCCCCGCGGUUGCAUGAUCGUAGAGUGUACGAAUUUUGAAUCUUCAAGGAGCCUACUGUAACAUACGCACUAUCUUAUGUUCCCUGUGCCCAUUUAUUGGUACCAUCCGAAACAUAGGCAGGAGUCAGACGCUACUCCCGUUCCUAGGAGGGCUAGGAUAACCUUGGCUCAACAGAAAUAAGAUUUAUAGGGUUAUACAAGAAAAAUAGCUGGCCGCGAGAUUUUUCCUGUUCGACCUGCAUAUGUUCCCCGAGAUAGGACGCCCACGCCCUCUAACCAGUGUUGACCAUAGAAAAAUUUGUUUUUCAGCCUCGACCUACAUAUUUUCCGUCAGCUUGUAGACAUUCAAUCCCAAACAUGCGACCAGAUCCAAUUGGAAAAAUCACAUGCAGGUUUGAAAUAGAGAACGGAAUCAGAACCUAAAUUUUCUUUCAGAUUGGGUUCUUGCCUUUCUUCUGGUUUGGAUUCCCAGAGGAAUGGAAGGGAAAAGUUGUUUGAGAGCAAUCUUGAAUAUUCUUCAUUGCGUGGGGAGAAGUUAUGACUUGUCGUAUCAUGUGGCCAUUGGAGAAAAUCUAAUCAUGAUUCCAUUGUUGUCGCCCUGUUGUUUUGCUGUCUGUUGCUGCCGGGUUCACAUGUAAAGACGCUUUAACAAAGGCGCCAACCUCAAUGUAGACGCUUUUCUUCGAGAUAUAAAAUUUUCUAUCUGGUGUUAGUUAUUUCUCCUACUGGCGUCAACACUUUCUGUUAGAAUCCUGGCACUUUCUGUCAUGUGCUGACCAUCUGGAUCGAUUUGUUUUUUUUCUUCCUUCUCAAUAAUCGAUUUUACUUAAUGAAUCUGAAAUACACUAACAAUGCAUCACUCUGCAAUGGGUAUUAUCUUCAUCAGAAGCAAUUUUCAUAGACGUCCAUCUGAUAAUUCUGUUCCCACACUCGUGUGAUCGCCUAAACCUUGUUUCCGUGUGAUUUAUUGUUUCUUUUUUCUGUCACUAAAUUUACUGCUUUUUGUAGAUGAGUUCGGUAGAUUUUUAAAAAUAGCCUCCUCUCUCGAUUUUUAUGACAUCUUUUUAAAGUCAUAUGGAAAUGCGGAAGUUUCUUCUCAGCCAACAACAAAAAAAGAAUUCUCAGUAAUCCCUUGUCCUACAGUCACCGGAGGAUUUGUCUUCGUUCCUUACACGUUCUUCCAAGUGAUUUACUUCAGCGUUUCCCAAGAAAGUCAACUGGGAGAAAGUCAACUGGUGGGACGCCUUUCUUCUCCCACAGAAUUUUAAACUACGCUGCAGUGGAAUAGUGGGUGGAUGCCAAACAUCAGUCCAGAUCAUUUUGCAUAGACAUAUGCCUAAGCUCAUUGUUCUUCCUUGGAUGAUACUCGGACUAACUUCGUGUGUACACGCCAUUUUAGCCAGCGACCGAUCAUUUCCAUUUGUCAGCUGACAGAAGUCCCCUUUGGCUAUCUGCUAUCUAGACUUUGAGGGGGGGGGGGGGCACCAGUCUGUGAGUUGCCUCUGAUUGACCAUUUUUGGGUUGACCUUGAUCUCUGCAGUAUCUGUGACAAGUGAGAAAUUAUCUGAUUGCUUGAAGUGAAAAGCUCAAGAGACUGCGCGUCACUGAUUUGAGCAUAUGAUCACAUUGAGUCAUUUCUUUCGCAUACAAACAACAGACAGGAAUGAGGAAUUAUCUUUCAUAAUAUCUGAAAAUCCGCCAUAUUUUUAGAAAGGACAGCUAUUAUCAGUAUGGAUCGAUCUCUGCUACCCGGGGUCUCCGGCCACAUCUCCCUCUUUGGAAAUGAUGCCAAGCUUUUUUUAUUUCCCUCCUAUAAUCUUACAAUUUUCUCGUGCUAUUUCUCUAAUAUUCGUCUAACUAUCCAUCUGGGUUCAGCAACAUCCCCUCAAUCCUGCAAUUUCUUACAAUUUUGUCGAUAUUCGUGAAAAAAAAACAUCCAUCCGCAUUCAACAUGCUCUGAGCUCCUGAUGUCAUCUCAUCUCCGCGUGAUUUACACAGAUUAUUAGGAUUAGAUGUAACCUGAAUGCUGCCAUCUUGUAGAAUGGGAUGAUAAGGAGGAGGGGAAAGACGCAUUGCAGCAGUGGGAGGACGACUGGGACGACGACGAUGUCAACGACGACUUCUCCCAGCAGCUGAGGCGGGAGCUGGAGAGCCACGCAGAGAAGAAGUGA